AUGUCAAAGCAAUUUUAUUUCUUUAAAAAAGCAGUGCAGAAUAGACUGGAAGAUAAUAAUACAUUUUGGACAUUGUGGGAACUUGUAGAGUCCUGGACUCAAAAUGAUUGGGUGGCAAUCUUUUUUAUAAUUUUCCUAGGGAUUAUUGUUGAGAUCAUACUCAUAAAGAUCUGUACAUCCUUUACUAAGAAGCCUGCACUUCCAGAAAAGGGUAGUUCAAGUGCCCAGGAGAUAACUGUCCAAUUCCUUCAUCUUCAGAAGAAAGUUGAUGACUUUUCAGAAAGAACAAUUACUUCAUCACUUACAUCUGAAGAAAAUGAAGUUGACUUUGAAAAUAGAGUUUCAACAGCAGAUGAAGUAAUAUGGUCAAGUAGCAGUGAAAGUAAAUAUCAAGUAAGUCACUUUAGUGAAAGUCAUAUGAUAUCUUCAAAUGGGACUAGCUCAUCUUUGUCACUGUUUCGUUCAGAAGUAAAGGAAUUUUCUCCAAGCCAUGGAGGGUAUCCAGAAAAUGAACAUGAAACAGUACAAUUUGCAUCCAAAAAAUUAUUUUCAAUAAUGAAAACCAACAAAAAUAAAAAUUUAGUAUUUUCUUCUGACUUUAACUUUUCGAGAAGUUCUAGAAUCACUAUAGAAAGUGAAGAUCUCAAUGUGGCACCAUGCCCUCCUGCCCACUUAUUUCUUUCUAGAGACCAAGUCAGACUUCUGGAAGAAAAUGUGAGAAAUCAAACUGCUUUAAAAUCCAAAACUACAUUAGAGAGUAAAACUACUUAUCUAUACUCAAGACUUCAAGAGUCCUUGAUCCAGAAUCAACAUUCUGUUAGAAUAGGUAUUUCUGCCCAACCACAAGAUUCUUUUCCAGGACAGAAUGCUCCUCAGAAUCAACAUUUUUAUGAAGCCAGAUAUACUAGUCAAGCCCAACAAUUUGUUAACAACCAAGAAUCAGUCAACAGCCAGCCUGAUAUCAUGGCCAGAUACUUUGCUCUACCUCAAGAUUUGGUGAGGAAGCCGUUUUCCAGCAGCAUGCAAGAUUCCUCCCAGACCCAAGAUAUGGACAGAAGCCAACAUUUGGUCAAUGUCUCAUAUUCUUUUGAGACUCAAGAUUCAGUCAAAGGCCUAGAGUCUGAUAAACACUUCGAUGAGGCCCAGUAUUCUGUUUGGCUUAAAGAUUCAAACAAGAUUAAAUAUUUAAUUCGGGGGCAAAAUGCCAUUUUUAAGAAUGCCAGAUUUCUAAUUUUAACUCUAAGUCCAAAUUCAUUUGCAGAAGGGGUGCUACAAAUAAAGAGUGUAAAGCCAGGGGGCCAGAAACAAAUUGCUUCAUCAGAAUUAAGUCAGUAUUCUGUAUAUGGCUCAGGGCCUCUUUCACCUAUCCUCAAAAGGCAGAAAAACAGGAGAAAAACAUUACACGGUAAAAGUAAACUUAGUCUCAAAGUUCCAUCUCAAAAGUCAAAGAAAACACCAACUCCAUGGGUAUUUCAAAUGACAGUAUGUCACACUUCAAAACCUAGCAAGUUUGGAUGCAAGUAUAAUGCUAAGAAAGAAGAAUUACAUCAAAGGAAAGGUAUAUCAGAUAUGGCUUUGCAUCUUACUUAUGUUUCCAAGCUUAUUCCUCCUUAUGUUAAGAAGUAUGCCAGAAAAAAACUAGUGAAAGUCAUGCCAGGUGUAAUAGGAUGUAGACAUUCUCUGUCACCAGAUGCACAGAAUGUCAGUUAUGUGGGGUCUAUUGAGAAAAGAGGAACCUCAGGCAGUACUAAAAAUAAAAAGCAGCAUGGCAGAGAAAAUAAAGGACAAAUAACCAUUUCACCAAAAAUCCCACCUCAGCUAGAACAGUCUUUCAUGAUCAAUACUUUUCAACUACAAUCACCUUGUUCUUCCUUAAUAGAAAUGACCUGGAAGAAUAAAGAGUCUCUUAAAGACCCAAUUACACAAGCAAAGGAAAUUGGUAUUGCAGAGUUUCGUGCCCCAAAUAGUAAAAAAACAUCUGACCUGCAUAUUCCAAAGCAGGAGGCAUCUUUAAAAGAAGCUUUAUCAGAACAUUGGCAAAAAUUUGUCUCCUCUCCCAAAGUGGAAUCAAACAGGAGACUGAAAACACAGGAAGACUUAAAAAGUACAGAGAAUUCCCAUCUUCCACUUUCAAGUGGAGAAAAGUUACCAACUAGUUCACCAGAAAUGCAAAAGUGCUUUCCAGAUGGAAACACACAAAAGCAAAAAGAUUUUCUAGAAAUUGUUCUGGAGACCUCAGAGGUUAAUCUCCUUAUAUCACUAGGAAUCAAAGAGCACGAAGGCAGUGAACAAUUAGCAAGUGUAAAAACUCAAGACAGUACAGAAGAUGUAAUUAUGAAGGAAAAGAAACCACUACUAACACUUCAUGUUACAGAAUGUGAUAACCUAAGUGAAAGUGAGGGACUGGAACGCAACACUAGAAGCAACAUAAAAAAUAUGCAAGGUAAAAGAAUAUUUGCUACAUUUCAGAAUGCCACCAACACUACCAUUUCUGAACCACCUGAUAGGGAAAUGCAUAGUGGAUUAAAAGGCAAGACACAUACAUCAACAACAGGGGGUAGUCAUUCAGUGGUAAAGCUGGAGAAAUUACCAGAUGAAAAGAAAACAUGGGAUGCAAAAUACAUUGAGAAGAGAUGUAUAUUUAAAAAGCCACAAGAACAUGACAGAGAGGAACAAGAACAAACUUUUCAAGAAGGAUUUCCAGAGCUAACACAAGAUUUCAGCCUCAGCCUGCAACUAAAGCAGAAGCCUAAAUAUGUCAGAUUUGAAAUAAAACAGAGCAGUUCAGGAAGCAGAAAAACUCAAAGUAAAGAGCAAGAGGUACAACCACAAACUCUUCCUACAGAAACAAUUUUGGGGACUAGUCCAUGCCCCACGACGGAUCCAUUUCAAAUUGAGGUAAAGCAAAGCAGAGACAGACCUACAGGCAGAGGAACUGCAGAUCCAGAGAAUCCUCUUCCAGUGCUAGAGAACCCACGAGUUGGCGAAGUUUUAAUUGAAACAACAGAAUGUGGUGUCCCAUUUGGUGGAAGCCCCAGAAAGAUAGCAGAUGAUCAUAUUACAGAAGAGAAGUCAGACCUCCAACGAGUUUUACCUGCAACUGCCCUGGGGUCUUUCAUUAUCUAUAUGCUUCCUUUAUCACAUUUUAAAAGGCAGCAAAUUAGAAAAAAAUUAUCAGGAGCAAAAAGGGUACUCAGUCCCAAAUCUGCAAUUAUGAAAGUAAAGAAGCCAACCAAUUUACUGAUGCCUCAUAUCAGAAGGCAUGGUACUGCAAGUCUUAGGAAAACAUUGAGAGGCAAUUUUAAAAUCCUAAUUAAAGAGAUGCUGCAAGAUAAAAUUGUGGCAGAUGUGCUCGUGAAUGUUACUUACCCUCACAUGUCUAUUUUGCCUCGGAUUAGAACACAUGGCAGAUUAAAUGCAGAGAAUCGCAGUCACAUCAAGCUAAAACAAGAGAAAUCAGACGAUAAAAGGGAAGAAAAGUAUUCAGAUUCUAUUAAUAAAGGCAGUGACUCUGGCAACACAUUAGAAGAAGUUAAAUUGCAAGAUGAAGUGAGAGGAGACAAAGAAGCUCCACCAGAAGCAGUCCUUCAUGACAGCUGGAACCUCCGAUUGAAUGCCAAUCCAGAGAAGGACCUCAAAGCAGAGGAAGACAUACCUCAACCAAUUACAUCCAUGGAAACCCUUAUGGAGUCUGUUUACUCUCCCGUAAUGGGUCUAACUCAUGUUGAGAAUAUGAAGAAAAGCCUAACAACACAAGCCGACUUGAAAUGCACUGCAGAUUCUGAGACACCUCUCCCAACAUCAGAGACACCUCUCCCAACAUCAGAAAAAUCACUGGCUGGAGACCCUCCAAACCAAACAAGAGAAAGUGAUGUUCUAGAUUAUGGAAGUGAUACAAGGGAAAUGGGUUACUCUUCUGCAGAAACAAGUUCUGCAGAAUUACCAAAAGAUUUACCAGCAACUUUUCCAGAGACUUUUAAUUGCCACAUGCCUAUUUUAACUCAUUCUAAAAUGAAUAAAAACAAAGUAAGAUUCUCACCCACAGAAGGUUCGGUGAAGCCCAGAUCUGUACAUACGAAGACAAUGAAGCCGUCAGUGUCACAAGUAUUUAAUAGCACAGGUCAGAGAAAGAAAUUGGAUUCCAAAUAUAAGGCCAAGUUGGAGAAGAUCAACCAAGCUAAUGGAUUGCUAUAUGAAUUUAUAAAUACCCUUUACUCUCCCAUGCAGAGCUUCUGUCAUGCUCAGUUAAAGCAAGGGGAGUUAGGGGAAGUGAGACCACGGUAUGUUGAUUUUUUUGACAAGAGCAGAGCAUUCCAUGACCGAGAGGAAAAAGUGGAAGAUGGAGAGGAAGUGGAGCAAAAAACUUUGCUAGAAGCAGCUUCACAGCAUACCCAGUAUCUCUGGCCUGAUGCCUGUCAAGGGAAGGAGACCCACUUUGACGAACCAGACUCAGCACUGGACUGUUUAACACAGGAGCUGUCUGUUAAUGAGCAAGAUGCACAGCACCAAGAAUGGUUUGUACAAACUGCUUUGCAGACUGGCCACCAGAAGGGUCCUCGAGAAGCUGAGGAACUCAAGAAAACCAGCGAAACAGAAAAUGACGUAACAGCCCCUAUGGGUCCAAAGACUCCAUCGUCCAAAGCUUUACCAGCUCCAGAGAAUAGCCAAGGCUUUAUAGUCAAUGCAUAUCAGAAGGAGAAUUGUGACCUUGUCAAAUCAGAUGAGGAACUGAAACAACCACGAAGUAAAAAUAUUCAGGAACAACCACGAAUACAUGGUACACAAGCUGUUUUAGGUUCUGCUUCAUGCCCCAUGUUGGAUCAGUUUCAAUUUGGAAAGCUAGAGAGUUAUGCUAGGUUUUCACCUCCAAAGUCAGGGGAAGCAAAGAUGGAUGGAAUCAUUUUUUCUCCAAGAGAAUAUGGUGUCCCAUCUGAUGCAAAUCAUCAAAAAGAACAGGCUGGUGGUAUUGAAAAGAAAGACACAGUGACUUUUGAUUUCUGCAUACCUGCUUUAUCUACAUUCAAAAGGAAGAAACAUUUAAAAAAGUAUUCAGAUGAGAAAACUUUAGUGAAUCUCAAAUGUGGAAUUUUAAAAGCAAAGAAACCAUCGGUUUCAUACAUAUUGAGUAUUAAGGGUGGUGCUAGCCCAAACCAUAGAAAAGAACUGGGAUAUAACUCUACAACCAAAUUGGAAGAGAUGGAUCAAGGUGAAAAAAUGGCAGAAAGAGAAAAAGGUAUGUUAGGAGAAAGAAGUCUCAGUUCUAAACAAGUAAAGCAAGCAUUAUCACCAUAUGAAGAGAAUGUUACUUCAGAUGACACUAAAGAGAACAGUCUUCAAGAUGCAGAGGAAGAAAGAAGUGAACAGGAGACAUUAAAAAUAAUUCCACAGCACAGCCAACACUUCAAAUUCUGUUCAGGACGAAGGGAAGAGCUUGACCUUCAUCAGUCAGAAAACCAAGGAAGAGGGAACAUUCUCUUUGUUAUUGAACAAGACAUCUCACAACAAAUCCCGCCUUCAUCUGAAUUUGAAGGUUGGAGAAAUGCAGCACAAAUCCCCAAGUCUAGAAAUGGAAAAGUACAGAUGGCAUCAAUUUUAAAGACAAUCAACAUCACUAAGUCUGAUGCUCUUAGCCAAGGAAAGGAACAGGACUUCAUCUUGGAAAACAUGGGUAAAGAAAUGUCUCAAAGGAAAGCAGCAUUUGACUACUUUUCAACUGAUGAAACAGAGUGUAGUACUAUAUCUGAUGGGAGCCCUGCAAGGAAGCUGGAUGUUCACAUUGCAGUUUCCCUACAACCUGAAGAAGAAGAGGAAGACAUAAAAACUCAAAAAGUAAUGAAACACAGAGUUGAUCAAAAUAUCUUACCUACCAAAUCAGGGAACUCAGUACUUGUAGAUCCAGGUGAUAAAAGCUCUAGAAGGAAAAUGGGUGCCAAGAAACCUAGAGUGUUGCAAAGAGAUUUACUAACGAUGUCCACAAUAUCUGUUUUAUUUGACUCUGAAAGUCAGGAGAAGAUAUUAAAAUUUUCAGGAAGGAAAAAUCUUAGGGGUCCCAAAUAUGUAACCACGAAGGCAAAGAAAAAGGCUCUUUAUUCACAGAUGCUUAAUAUCACUGAACACGAUAAUCUCUACUGUGGAAAGGAACAGAACUACAACUUAAAAUCUACAAUAAAUGACAUGCAACAAAAUAGAAGUAUAGCGAAUGCAUUAUUGUCUCCCACACCUGUUUCAACUGAUAACAAAAUAGAUACUGAAAUGCAUAGCACAUCAGAAGCAGAGAUGGAUCAACCAAGAGUAAAACUAUAUAGCCGUACCUCUGCAGAGCUAGGAAAAUCACCAUGUGAUAGGGAAGUAUGGAAGGCCAAUUCAGUUGAUCCACAAAACAGAUCCAGCAACACAAUGAAAAUGAAUGUGCAACAUGAAAGCAAAGAGGAGAAUAUCAAAAAAAUGUUAUCGGAAUCAGUCCCACACUAUAACCACCGCUUCAGUUUCAGUGCCCAUCAUAUGAAAAAUUUUGGUUCUUACCAAUCAGAAUCUGAACUGAGUAAUUUAGAAGUCAGAAGCACUUGGAGUUUGUCUUGUGCAGCACAAAAAAUGAGGCAAGAAAAAUGCUUUAGAGAAACUAUUUUGGAGCCUGUUUCUAGACACGUGAUGAAUUUUCUUCAAGUUGAAACAGAGAAAAAAAGUCUUCAUACUCAAGAAAGAAUUAAAUGUAUGGGAGGACUAAAGACUCCAUUUCCAAAAGCAAGAAAAUCAGAGACUGGUUCAAUACAAUGUGGCGUUCCCUGGGGUGGAAAUCCUAGGAGAAAAUGGGAUAGUUAUAUUUUUGAGAAAAAGGCAUGGAAUCAAAAUGACUUAGUAAGAAUCUUAAAAUCUUCAGGUUCUUCCAGCCUUGAUUCAUGUGAACCUAAAAGCCAGAGCUACACAUUAGAGUUUGUAGGCAAGAAAAGUAUAAUAAAUCCCAAGCAUGUAACUUUGAAGGCAAAGAAACGAUCAGUUUCACAGUUGCUUAAUAUCACAGGAUGCAUUACAGGAAGCCAUAGAAAGAUGAAGGGGUGCAAAUUUCAGUACAAGAUGAAAACGCCGUGGUUUGAAGGUGUGGGCGAGGCAUCACUCCUUGCUGCUGAGGGAACUAAGAUGCCACCACCCAAGUUAGUGACUGAUGCACACUCCCUCACUCCAGCAGCAAGGGGCACGCUAUAUAACAGAACACUUCACAGAAAUCUGCAUGGUCAUAUUACGGAGGAAAAGGCAGAGUUAUGGGAAAAUUCAGCCACAACUUUCCUGGAGCCUGUAGAUUUCUUUACACCAAUUUUCUCUGACUCUGAAAGCCAGAUAAACACAGUACGAUUAUUAGAAGAGAAAAUCACAUUGAAUCCCAGAUGUUUAACUCUGAAGGAGAAGGAGCCAGCAAUUUCACAAAUACUUAAAAUCAGAGGGCGGUUUACCACAAAACGCAGGAAAAAACUUGGAUCCAAUUUAAAAACCAAAAUGCAACAGAUGAGUCAAGGUAAAAAUGUGGCUGAUACAUUUCCAAAUACCAUUUACUUCACACCAGAUACCUGUGACAUUGAAAGACAAAGCAGAUUCAAAAUAGGGAUGGACAGAAUAUCAAGAUUUAGUCAUGUACAACCAACACAAAUGCAGUUGCCAGUUGAAGGGCUAGUGAUUUCACAACCAGUUAAUAUCACUGGUCAUGCUGCUUUAAGCAUUAAUGAGCAACAGGGAAAGAAGAUAGACAGAAAGGGAGAGAAAACCGUAUUAAAUGUGGACCUAAAAUUUGUAUAUGAUUCUAUGCCUAUUUUAUCACACCUAAAAAUGGAGCCAUCACCUGGUACCUGGGAUAUCUAUGAAGAAUCUUCUGGAAAGAGAAAUGCCCUAAACAAAGCAAAUGCUAGUUCUGCUUAUGCCUACAUACCUAUGUAUCCUAAAAUCAUAAAACAUAAAGCUAAGGCAAAAACAGCAGAUGUGAAAAACACUAUGCAUAUCAGACGGAUGAAAUUGAAGGCAAAGAAACCACCUGUCUCCCAGCUGUUUAAUACUACAGGAUGUGGAACCAGAAGAAACAAAAAGGAACUGAGAUGUGACAUUAAGAAACAGAAGGAGUUCCAGCAAGAUAAAACCAUAGCAGAUUUAUUUCUGAACACUGUUUGUGAUUCUGGAUCUCUUUCAUCUCAAAGUAAACAAUUUACAGAAGUAGACAGGGAGAAAUCCAGGCCAAGAAAGCCCAUUAACGUUCCUCCACAGCUAGAGCUGGAGAAGUCACUAAACAAAAGAAAAAUGUCAUCUUCAGAGUCCACUGAUAUAAAGAGUGCUAUCUCAAGAAAUAUCAAAACACUGAAACAACGCAUUAGAGAGCAAAAAGAAAAGCGCCAAAUCAUUUUACUAGACAUUCUCCCACAAUGUAGAGAUCAGUUAGUGACUGGCCAACAUGUGAAGAAGGAGCUUGACCAUGUGAAAAUAGGAGUAGCUUUGAAAAGAGAAGUAUACCCUGGUCUAGCUUCCCAGAAGAGAGAAAUCAAUUAUACUAGGUUCAACAUCCUAAGAAUCAGAACUCAUACAGAAUGUGAAUUCCCUGUUGCUCCAAGAGUAAAGCACAAAGAUGCAGACGUCGUCAAACAUUCGGUUUCAAUUCCAUGGGGGAGAGGAGUAUCCAAGAAAAACAAUAUUUCAUUAAAUUCAAAAGAACAGAAUAUAUUUCUUACAGAGUUGGAUGCUUCUCAACAGAAGACUCACAAGGAGCAAGAAUUUCAGAAACAAGGAAGUAUUACACUGACAAUUCGGGGGUCUUUUGCCUACCCCAUUAUGGAACCUCCUCGUUUGAAGAACACAGGAAAGGUAGCUGAGGAAGAUAUAUACACUAACAAAAGGAAUAUUUCACAUUUAUUGAGAAGAGAAGAUAUAAAAGAAACCGAUAUCUCACAAGGUUCAAAAGGACAGAAGUUUCUUUGUACCAAUCUGGUGGGCCAGCAAACUAUGUCUGCAGCGCAGAAAGGAGAGGUGAAACCAGCUGGUGUUCCUGAAAGUAUUGUGGAUUCUGUGUCCCGCCCAAAUAAAGAGCGUCUUCAGGUAACACAGGCAGUAAAUACAAAGAAGGAAGAUGUAAGCCCUUCUCUAAGUUUACGUGUAUAUCCAGGGAGAAAAGAGCAAUCAAAGUUAACGGAUAUUCCAUUAAGAUUAAAUGGACAGAAAGUGACUUCUGAAAAACUGGGGGUGAAGCAACUACAUAGUUCUAACCAGAAUAAAGAAAAUAUUCUGGAAUCCAUUUCUUCUUGCAUGUUGGAUCAACUCUAUAAUGAAAAGCUGAAGAAAAAAGUCUCAGCAAAAGGAGUGAGUUCAAAAGUUUUGAGUUCAGUAGUAGACAAAGCAUCAAAUGAAGCAGAUACUCCAGUAGAUCAACCUUCUCUUAGCUUGCAUAAUAGAAGAAAAGAACAUCAAAAAGGAGGUACAUGCAAGGUUCUCCCAAAAUCUGUUUCUCAUUCCUCGAUGGAUGUACUUCAGAUUAAGUUGCCAUGUAUAAAAAAAACAUUAAAGACUCCAAGCUACCACACUGCAAAUACAGAAGGAAUUGGCCUGCUUGUUGAGGGAAAAGAAGAAGAGCAUCCAGAAUGUAUAUACUAUAUUUCUCCAAAGUCUGCUUCUCAUUCUUUGAGGGAGGUAGUACAGAGUAAGAUACCAUGUGAAAAGAAGGCAUCAGAAGAAGUAGCUAAUACUGUGGAUUACAUUCCAAGUAGAGAAAAAAUUAGCUCGCUCAUUACAGGAAAAGAGAGCAAGGUGCACACAGGUAAAGAUCAAUCAGGUAUGAAACUGACAAGCUUGUGUACUUCCUUACCAUCUCUAUCACAUGCUAAUGUGAAUUCAAGAAUAAAAGUAGGACAAGAUAAGUCAGGAAUACCAAGGAGCUGCCUUCCACCACUAAAGCUCCAGGUAUCACCAAAUGUCAGGAAAACUUCAUUUGCAGAGUCAAUUAAUAGAGGUCGUUUAAGCAAUGUAAGAGAAUCAAAACAUUUGCCACAGGGAAAAAAAGAAGAUGGAGUAUAUGUGAAAGACAUAAGGGGCCUCAAAUGUGUCACUUUUAAAGGAAGGAAAACACCUUUGGAACACACACUGCAUGGAAAAGAACCACAGUGGAAGAAGAAAGAACAAGAGGGAAUGAUGCAGAAAGAUCAAAGUGAUCCAGACAGAGUCCAGAGUAAACGCCAUGCUUCCAUUCCUUCUUCACCUCAUGUGGACUGGGAUCCUGGAAUAAAAGAGGUGCUCAUGCGAGGAAUCACAAGAUUUUGUCCUCCAUCACUGACGCUCCAGGAGUUAUCAGAUACGAUGGGAAUAUGUGCGGAGCCAGCUGAUGAUAUUUUAAGCAGUAUAAAAAAGGCAAAAUAUAUGCCACAGAAAGAUGGAGUGGAAAGGGCUUUGGAAGAAAUCAGGCAUCCCAAAAGAAUAGCUUUGAAGGCAAAACGGACUCCAGUUGCACACGAAUUACAGCUGAACAUCAAAGAAAAAGAGAAAAAGAUGCAGGAAGAUAAAGAUAAACCAGUUGGGAUUCAGAGCAAAUCUUGUGUUUCCAUCUCUUUUCCACCUUACUCAGAAGUGGACACAAGAAUAAAAGGGGAAGAAGCCUUGCUAAUAAAAACAAGACCCUCUUUCCUACCAACAGAACUCCAGGAGUCAUCAGAUAGAGGAAAAAUAGCAUACAAACAGUCUAUUCAUGGUGAUACCUCAAACAGUGUGAAAGAACCCAAGGAACAUUGUAUAAUUCAGGAAGAAGAGGAGAAAGUAAAAAUGGUAAAAGUCAUGCUUUUGAGGAAAAAGAGAUUACCAAUUUUACAGCUGGACAUCAAAGAGCAAGAGGAGAAGACACAAAAAAUUAAAGGUGAGCCAAAUGUCCUUGCGACCAAUACUAGCACUUGCAUACCUGCUCCUUCUCAUUUACAGUUGGAUACAAGAAUAAAAAAAGCAGACCAUGUAACUGAAGCAACAAGAUGCUCUCUUCCAGAACUAUCACAGCAGAAAUCAUCAGAUGCAGUGAAAAAGGCAAAUAAAAAGUCCACUGAUGGUGAUGUCACAAGUGAUGUACAAGAAGCAAAAGAACAUGCACCACAGAAAGAAGAGACUAAUGUAGAGAAAUCACCGAAGAGAGACACAAUGCAGCCAAAAGAUAAAGAUUUGAAAGGAAAGAAAGCACUAUUACAGGACAUACCAUUGAAUCUUAAAGAGCAGGUGAAAGAGGGUCCAGAAGGUGAAGAGCAGGGGAGAGUGGAUAGAGGAGGUAAAGGUGAACAAGAAGUAGUUCUGCCCACAAAUUGGGCUUCUGCAUCUUUAACUCACUGUGAAUUGAACACAAGAAUAGGAGAGGAAGACAGGCAAGAAAUAACAGGAUCCGCUGUUUCACGACUACAGCUACGGAAAUCAUCUGCUGCAGGGAAAGUAGUGUAUACAAAGUCAGCUGGAGAUGAUAUUUCAGAUGAUGUAAGAGUAGUCCAAGAGUAUGAGCCACAGCAAGGAGAAGAUAAAAGAAAAGUGGUAAAUAGAAAAUUUAGAAUGUGUCCCAAAGGCACAACUUCCAAGGCAAAGGUAUUACCGCUUCCACACGUACUCUUUACCUCUGGGGGUUGUGACGCCCAAAUUAAAGAAGUACAGACAAGCGUGAAAGAAAAAUUAAGAUACAUACAAGAAAGUAGUGAGCUAGGUCAGGUUCUGACAAGACCUUCUCUGCCUCGGUUUAAAUUAAACGAAAGUAUAGAAGGCAAGGAGGAGAAACAAGUAUCAAGACCCUUUCUUCCACCCUCAUGGCAAAGGGAAUCAUCAAAUGCAGAGAAAUUAAAACAUACAGUGCUACCUUUGAGCGAUGUUUCAAAUGAUGCAAAAAGAACAAAAUACACGACACAGCGAGAAGAGGAUAAAGCGAAUACUUUUGAGAAAGACAUAAUGCAUUCUAAGUAUAUAGCUUUGAGGGCAAAGAAAUCACCCCUUUCCCUUAUACUCAAAACAGAGAAACUGCAAGUGAACAUCAAAGAACAAGGGGAAGUGGGACAAGAAGGUAACAAGGAAACCAUUGUGCUUCUGAGCAAAAUUCAUCCUUUUCUCAUUUCCUCAACUCACCUUAAGUGGAACACAAGAAACGACGAGGAAGGCGAGCCGGGAAUAGUAAGAAAUGAUGCGCCACGUCUUGAGCUCCAAGAAUCAUUGCCCUCAGGGCAAAUAGCAUCUGCAGAUUCACCUGACAGCCAUGUGCAGAAAGGAGACCAACGCCCACGACAGGCAGAAAGGAACGGAGUACAAACAGGAGCCAUGAAGGGCUCAGUGCAGCCCCGGGGCACAGAUUUUAAGGCAAAGACAUCACCACCUUCUCAUACAUUCGGUGUCACUGAACACGGUGCCUUGAACCAGAGAAAGGAACCACAGUGGCAUAUGAGGGAGAAAGUAGAACAGGGGCAGCAAAGAACAGGAGAUCCUGAUGCAGCUCUGACAAAAACUUCUCCUUCCACAGCUUCUCCGUCUUCCCACAGAUCGGACACAAGAACUAAAGUAGACAAAGAUUUGCUUGCAGUUACAGGAUUCUCUCCUUCACAGUUGCUGUGCUCUAAGUCAUCAGGUGCAGGAAAAAUCAGAUAUGCAGAUUCCAGUGAAAGUAUUAGGUCAUGUAAUGUCAUAAUAAAAGCUUACCAAAGUAUGCCAUAUACAGAGGUAAAGGACAGAGUAAAAAUAAAAGGUGGGAAAGAUCGAAGAUUCCCCCAAAUAAUCACCUCGACAGCAGAGACAUCCCCACUUCCACAUCUGCCCAGUAGAAAGAGGCUACAUUUGAAUAUUAAAGAGCAAGAAAAAGAAGUGCCAGAAGGCGAAAGUGAACCAGAAAUGGUUCUGAAGGAAAGCUAUGCCUCCUUACCUUCUCCAUCUUACCUGAAAUGGGACACAAGGAUGAAUGAAGAGGAAGACACACGAAGAAUAACACAAUCCUAUUUUCCACCACCAAAGAUUCAGGAUCCAUCCAGUUCAGGCAAAAAGCGAUAUACUAAGUCAUUUGAUGGUUGUGUGUUAAAAGAGAAGGAUAGACUCAAAACAGAUCUUGAAAACAAAAUGGUCCCAAUACCUAUGGCUCUGAAGGCAAAGGAAUUACCACUUUCACGUAUACUCGAUACCAAAAAAUUGCAGUGGAAAAUUAAAGAGCAAGAGAGAAAGGUGCAGAAAGAUGAAAACGACCUAGUUACGCAUCAGGAAAACAUUUGUACUUCUUUACUUAUUCUACCAUAUCUUAAAUUUGGUUCAAGAGAAGGAGAGGGGUACAUGAUAAGAAUUACAAAACUGCCUCUCCUGCACCUACAGUCCAGGGAAUCACCAGAUGCAGUGAAAACAACAUACGCAGAAACAACUGAUGGAGAACUUUCAAAUGAUGUAAAAAAAUUAAAAGAACACACAUUACCGAAAGAAGUGAGGGACAGAGAGAAAAAGGUGGAUAUGAAUAGUAUGGUGGAUCACAAUGAUAGGUAUUUAAAAGCAAAGAAAUCACCUAAUUUACUUAGAUACAAUCUAAGUGCCCUUCAGUGGAAAACUGAAAAGCAAGAGGGAACAGCUCAGGAAGGUCAGCGUGAGCCAGGUGGUGCAAUGCUGACUAAGACUUGUACUUGCAGAUCUCCCCUACUUCACUUCAACACAAAUACCAGAGUUGAAGAAAAGAGAAUACCGAUAUUAACAAGAUCCUCUUUUCCCACAGUCGGCUCCCAGGAAUCAUCAGAUUCCGAGGACAUGGAGUGUAUAGAGCCCAUUACCAGUGAUAUUUUAAUCAGUCCACAAAAAGGAAAACAUCGUAUGCCCCAGAACAAGGAAAGGGAUGGAGUAGAAAUAGUAAACCUCAUGUUUCCCAAACAUCAAGAAAAGAAGAUGCAGGAAAGUGAAGAUGAACCAAGGGUGGUUGUGGCCAACUCUUCCUCUCCAUCACCAUCUCUCCCUCACCUGCAGUUGGAUAAAGAAACACAGGUAGGUGAUGAAAUGCUAGGACCUGCAAGGUCUGUUGUGCAGAGAGAAUCAAAUGCCGGGGAAGUAGCGCAUACAGAAGCAAUCCGUGGUGAUGUCAUGGAAGACAGUCAAAACAAGAAACGACUCGUGCCUCAGGAAGAGGAGCAGGACAGAGAAAAAACAAUAGAUAUGAGAAAUAUGACACACACCACAGAUAUAAGUUUGAAGUCCAGGAAAUCACCUCCUUCACUUAAGCUCCAUAGAACACAAUUGCAUCUGAACAGGGGAGGGCAAGAACAAAAGAAACAUGAAUGUCCAGGUAAACCACCUGGUACAGUGCUAAGAAAAAUUUAUGUUUCCAGACCUCCAGCUGAACUUACAUUGGAUAAAGGUAUACAAGUAGAUGAAGAAAGGCUUAGCAUUAAAAGACCCUCUCUAAUUCCACAAAUGCUUUCAGCAGUAUCAGAUACAAAGAUGAGAGCAGAUACAGGGGCAAUUUGUGAUAUAAGAGAAAGAAAACAACAUAUGUCACAGAAGGAAAAAAGGCACGAAGUGCAAACAGUAGAUAUGAGGAUCAUGAUGCAUCACAAAGAGGCCAGGAUUUCAUCAAUUUCACAUAUCUUUAACACAAAGGAAUUUGUGUUGAAUAUUAAAGAGCUAAAGGAAAACGCAUACAAAGGUAAAGAUGAGCUACCUGUGGUUCUGACAAGGACUUUUCUUUCUGUCCCAUCAGCACCUUCCCUUUAUCUAGCCUCAGGGAGCAAAGUAGACAAAGAUGUGCCAGGACUUGCAGGAUCCUUUCCUCCACAGCAAAAUCUCCAGGAAUCAUCAGAUACCCAGAAAACAGCAAAUACAGAGGUAGUUGCUGGUGAUGGUGAGAUCGUUAAAAAAGCGGGACACUCUGUGCCCCAAGAAGAAGCAGUACAACAGUGGACCUCAAACUUCAUGAUCAGUGUACAGCGAAGGAAUGAACCUCCACGAGUCAAAUCUGAAGGAGAUCUGAGUCAGUUAGUUUUAAAUUCACAGCAUGAGAACAUUUAUUUAACAGGAUUUGGUACCAUAACUGGAAAGAGGCUGGAGUAUUUCUUUACAGGACAAGAGGUUCAGCCAGAAAAAUACAAAACAGAAACUUUCACUACAUUUCUUUCCUACCCCACCAUGGAGCCCACUAAAAUUGGAAAUCUGAAGAAACAAACUGAAAUAGUGGAUAACUUAAACCAUAAAAUAAGCCCUAAUGUUUUAGUUACACCACCAAGGAAAAUAACCAAGGAAAUAUAUAUCACAUUUGGUACCCCCGUAAGUGCAAAAGGAUUUUCUGUUUCAGAGCAAGAUGCCCACCAACAAAAAACUUUAUCAAAAGCAUCUCCAGGAUCUGCAGAUUCAUAUAAAUUUGAUAAGCCAGAGAAAGAUGUACAUAAUAAUGAUAAAGUGAGCAAAAUGCUCUCUCCCGAAGUGUUGGCCCCACAGACAGAGGGAUCACUUGAGAAAAUGAGUAUCGCAGAGUCAGAUACCUCCCCAAUUAUAGAGGAACAAGAGAUUGUUGUGAAAAAGCAAGUGGUGCUACAGUCUGAAAGUGGACAUAAGACCUGGCUGGACUCCAGCUUUUCUCGUAAGUUCCCACUUCAAAAUGGAGGGCAGAAGAUGCCAUUGGAAACAGAUGUACACAAGCAAACUGCGGUGUACCCCAGAAUACUAACACUACCAGGAAUACACAUGGAUAUUACAGUGUUUGAUACCAUAGGAGGGGAAAAAGAACAGGGAUUGCCAGUUCCACAACAAGAGGAAUAUAUUCUAGAAUCACUUCAGAAGUCUCUUUCUUCCCACUGGACUUUUCCACUUCAAUCUGGAGAUCUGGAGGGAAAAAAUAAAAUGGACACAAGCGCUACUAUAAAUCUGGAGCAAAAAACAUUAGAAAUGGAAGAAGGGGAGUUAAAAAUAGACACAAACGUAGCUAUCCGUCUGGCAGCAGACAAAACAGAAAUGCACAAAGACACCAUGGUCAAUCUGGAGGAGAACAAGAAAAGGGACACAAGCAAUACCGUAAACCUGAACAUUCCAUCUCUAAAGGCACAGAUACCUCAAAUUAACACUCAGCUGAUAACUCAUAUAGCAAACAGCUGCCCAGUCAAGCAAAAACAUAAAAAGGAACUAGAAGUCUCUGGUGCAAAACAAAAUAUUCAGCCACAGAAAUUGUUUCAAAAACACGUUCUAGAUUCAUUUUAUGCCGAUAUUCCUCUUUCUCUCAAAUUUAAAAGCAGGAAAGGCAGGUUGACAGUAGCAGAUUUGAAAAGAGAAUUGAGCCCCAAAUAUUUAACCAUGAAAAUCCCAAAUCAUCCGGUUUCGCAGAUUCUUAACAACACGGGACGUGGCACUCCAAGCAAUAGAAAGAAAUUAGAGUAUGACUUGAAGAAACCAAAGAAAACAGUUUUGCGGAGUGAAGAUGCCUCCGGGAUAUUUGUCAGAAGUCUUUCUAUUUCCACAAUGAGUUCAUCUCAGAUGGAAGAAAUAGUAGACUCUGAGACAAACCAAGGAAGAGAAAAGAUACUGUGUCCUUCUGAAUUCCAGCAGAAAUCAUCACACACUCAGAGGAAGAGCUCGAGCACUAUAAAAGAAGGGGACCAGAAUUUUACAGACACAGCUCCACAGGAUUCCCAGCCCUCUGUGGUAGAGGAGCAACAAAUGCAAAAACUCCCCAGUGUUGAAUCAGAAGCAAACCUUGGCAGUGAAACAAAGGGAAAAAAUGUAAUUCCACAAACCAAAGAAGAAAGGGUUGUUCCAGGGCACGACAGCUCAAGGAUCAUAAAAGAACCUGACUUGCGUAUGACUGAAGAAGAAGAAAAGGCACCAAAACCCAUUCUGACACCUACAGAGGGUCCACUCGUGUCUGACGAGCCAGAGGACAAUUGUAUCUCACCCCCUCAACAGGGGGAUCAGAGCGAACCCAUCCAGGCUACAACCGCACAAAACGUCCAGCAACAAAAAACUUUUCCAGGAACUGGGCCUAUACCAUCCCAAGUUAAAAGUAAUGAAAUAAAAGUAGUGGCAGAUAGUACAAGUGCAGAAAGUUUACUUCCUCUUUUUGAAGCAAUUAAAAGUAUCUUUGAAUCCCAGAUAAAAAAUAUGAUCUAUGACAACAUUUGUGAGGAUAUACUGAAAAAAGUAAAAGCCCCAAAACCUGAUGAUUGGAAGUUACCACUGUGUGCAGGGAGCCCAGAUACAACAUGCACAAUACCUCCCAAAGUGCAGCCAAAACCCAUUUUAGAACGUUUUACUCCCAAAGAAAACAAUAAGCUCACUAAUCAUUUCGAGUCAAAAGCAUUUGAAAUAAAACUGAAUCUGAUACCAGAGAUGGCAAAACAAUCCUUCCAAAAGCUCAACUUUUAUCUAAAACAGUCUUUUUCAGAAGAUAACAGUUGGAGGCUAUAUCCGAGACAUAAAAAAAUGUGCUUUUUGUCUCUAGAAGGGAUUGAUACUGUAGAACUUCACUUAAAACAGAAAUGCGCUAAGGAUUCACCGCCUGUCAGCUGUACGAAGACAUUGAUUGUCAGUGUUUCAAGUGACAGUGAAGAGAUCAUUACAAAGUUAAGGAGUAUCAGUAAGCUAGAAAGUGGAGUGUCUUCAGUGACUUCAGCUAAGCAGAUGCCAUUGCCUCAUAUUCUUCAAAACUACUCAGUAGAAGAAAAAGACAAACUGCUCAUACACUUUUCUAUGAAAACAUUGGAGAUUCAAAUGAAAGCCUUUCCCAGAAUUGUAAGAGAAUCCUAUGCAAUGGCCAGUCCUCAGAAUAUAAGGAAGCCUUUAUCUAAAUGUAUUCAUUCUGGUUUCAAAGUACCAAAACGAAAAAAUAGAAUUUUGUUAUGUUUUGAGGAAAAAUCUCUUCAUCAAAUAGAUCUUGAUUUACAAUACAAAUACCUUCAUUUUCUCCUGGGGCUUCCAGUCAGAAGUGUAUUCCCUAAACCAACUGCACUUCCCAAACAUAUUCUUAAGUUAAACACAGUUGCAAUAUGUGAAAAUAUAGAUAACAGGGGAGAAACUGGUGGUGGUUUUUGCAUUGACACGGAACUGUUAGAACAGCACAUCUCUUUCAAAAAUCAAAGUCCUCAUGAAAACUCAUCGUUGAGAAAAUUCCUGGAGCCAACCCUUGUGUGUGCUUCUGACCCCAAUCAACAAGGCCCAGUGCAGAAAGAUACUACAGCUCUUUCAGAGUUAAAAUCUCACAUGACUCUGGAAAAAGAUAAACAAUGUCAUGUAUGGUUUCAAGAAACAGAUAUAUGCAAAUCAUUUGAUUCAAAGACUCAGGAAAGCACUCCCAGUUUAGUUGAUUCCCAUUCAACUCAGAUUUCUGAAGAUUUUACCGAGAGUCAGACAAAUAUUGAGAGUUCAGCCAACUUGGAGGAAUGCUCAGCUCUUGAAGCACAUGAGAGUGAAGAAUGUAUGUUUUUGGAAGUCAACCCUUAUUUAAGUCAGGAAUCACAGAACAUUCUAUUUGAAUUACAGAAAGGCAUUCCUUUGGAAAAUCUCUACAAGAUGAAAAAAAGCAAAACGAAUUUGAAACCGUUGUACAGGGAAGAUUCAGUUUCCCAACAUAUUAGAGGCUGUAGAAAACAUUCCUCAAUUGUCACACCUUCCUAUGAAUCCCACAAAAGCAGGAAAUAUAAGUCAUCCUCUAAAAUGCCAUCUCCUGACUGGUUGUGCCACGGUUCAUUAAAUGCUAUGGAAGUUCUGUCUAGAUCAUCUUCCAUUCCAUUCAGUGAAGAGAAGUCUUCAUGGACUGCAAGGUGCAGAACCAACCAUUCUUUAGCUCCCUUAACAGAAUCAAACAUCAAAUUACAUCUUGCAAAAGGCCAAGGCAAACCUCACAGGCAUCUGGAAAGCAAAGAAGGAAAGAAGGCCAAAUCUGAUUUAUUUAGAAAGAACAACAUUCAUUGGGACUGUGAUUACAGUUAUACAUGGACUAAAGAGAAAUGCACAAGAAAGAAGAAAGUCCGUAAUUGUGAGUCAGAAAGAUCAAAUUACUUCGCAAGCAAACCUAAGUUACCAUCAAAGCUUCAUCAAGAGGAUAUCAACUUUCAUUCUGAAAGAAAACAAAACCAGCCAUUUUUUUAUGCCUGUAUACCAGCAGAUUCACUGGAAAUUAUACCCCAAACCAUUCGCUGGACUAUUCCCCCAAGAACUUUAGGGAAGACAAACUUCAGAGUUCCUCUGGUGGCAAAGAUUUCAAAUUCUUUCAGAAUAUGGACUUCAUCCAAAAAGUUUUUGGAGUCCCUCUUGGAGUCCUUCAGUCCAGUUCAUCCAGAUUGAUACUAGCAUACCUAGGUUCCUCUGAAGUGGAAAGCUGAUUGCUGUUGUGUUAUUCUAUGAAAAAUAAAAUCAGAUAAAGUC